AUGCCUCGGCUGGUGUCAUCGGGGGACUGUGCGGGUGCGGUAGACGUGAUGGACGACCUCAGGCGCCUCAUGGACGGCCAGGAGCUGAUGGGUGCAACCCCGCCCUCUAACUCUUCCUUCCUGCCCCACACGCACCACCACACCAUGCAUCAGCUGGUGUCGUCGGGCGACUGUGCGGGCGCAUUAGACGUGAUGGACGACCUGAGGCGCCUCAUGGAGAGGCAGGAGCUCAUGGGUGCAACCCUGCCCUCUAACUCCUUCCUUCCCCCCCACGCACCACCCUACCGUCCAUCAGCUGGUAUCAUCGGGCGACUGUGCGGGCGCGCUAGACGUGAUGGACGACUUAAGGCGCCUCAUGGAUGGGCAGGAGCUCGCAGGGCAGCACUGCUUCCGCCACCUCAACCACCUCCUGGUGUCCUCCUCCGAUGCCGUCAACAGGUGAGUCUCUCUUUCUCCCACUCCUCCCAUUCUCGCCUCCCACUCUCACAUCCCCCUCUUCCACCCACCCUCAUAUCCCUCUCUGCACUGCUUCCGCCACCUCAACCACCUCCUCCUCACCUCCUCCGAUGCCGUCUACAGGUCGGUCGGUCUCUCUCUCUCUUCCCACUCCUCCACCCCACUCGUAUCUCGCCCCACUCUCCCCCCCCAUGGCGGGGCUGCACUGCUUCCGCCACCUCAACCACCUCCUCCUCUCCUCCUCCAAUUUUCUAA